AUGAUAUGGAGGGGAUUGGAGCACCUUAAUCACAUGAUAUGGAGGGGAUUGGAACACCAGAAUCACAUGAUAUGGAGGGGAUUGGAACACCUGAAUCACAUGAUAUGGAGGGGAUUGGAACACCUGAAUCACAUGAUAUGGAGGGGAUUGGAACACCUGAAUCACAUGAUACGGAGGGGAUUGGAACACCUGAAUCACAUGAUACGGAGGGGAUUGGAACACCUGAAUCAUAUGAUACGGAGGGGAUUGGAACACCUGAAUCACAUGAUAUGGAGGGGAUUGGAACACCUGAAUCACAUGAUACGGAGGGGAUUGGAACACCUGAAUCACAUGAUACGGAGGGGAUUGGAACACCUGAAUCACAUGAUAUGGAGGGGAUUGGAACACCUAAAUCACAUGAUAUGGAGGGGAUUGGAGCACCUGAAUCACAUGACUAGGAGGGCAGGGACA